AUGUCAAAGGUGAUACCUGCGACAAGAACUCCCCGAAGUUUAUCAUGGCCGACUCGCUCCAGCGGGAUUUUGUUUCAACGCGAACAGUUUCUAGUCCCUCCGGAGGAAAAUAUUCAACUAUCACGCAUUGCUAGCGAAUAUGAGGAAACUGGAGACGAGGAGCAACAGCAUGUGGAAGAUGAGAUGGAAGAAGGGAUGGAAGAAGAGAUGGAGGAAGAGAUGGAAGAAGAGAUGGAAGAAGAGAUGAAAGAAGAGAUGGAAAAAGAGAUGGAAGAAGAGAUGGAAGAAGAGAUGGAAGAAGAGAUGGAAGAAGAGAUGGAAGAAGACAUUCUGGUUUCUUGA